AUGGCCUCUGAACCGAUUUCUGAUCUAACCCCUGAACAUGCCACCAAGGCGUCUGCUGAAGAACAAGCCGAACAGGCCAUGUUCGCUAAAUACCCUUCACUCCAAAAAAUGAUGGGCGUCCCACCUGAGGAAAUUGUUGAAUCACACGACGGGCGUGAGACAAGCUUGCUCAAGUAUAUUUACAGCCAUCCCAAGCUAGACAGCGAAUUGCGCGGCUCCCCCACAGCCAUCAUGGCGGCCAUGGACGAAUUCGCCGCAAAGGAGGAGUUCUUGAUCAACAUCGGGUCUGACAAGGCAAAGCUUUUGUCUGACUUGAUUCAUGAGCAUAAGCCAAAGGUCCUGCUGGAACUAGGUACUUAUGUCGGGUACUCGGCUAUUCUCUUCGGAAACGCCAUGCGAGAGGUCAGCCUCAAAGGAAAUGAAGCGAGAGACGAGAAGCCUCGCAUCUACAGCCUUGAGCUUGAUCCAUUGAUUGCGUCGAUUGCAAUGAACUUCGUCAACCUCGCCGGCUUGGGUGACAUUGUGGAGGUCAUUGUUGGGCCCUCUGCUCACACGCUGCAGCGUCUCCAUGACCAAGGCGUCUUGGGCAGUGGUAGUGUUGACAUGAUCUUCUUGGACCAUGCUGAAGAACUUUACAAACCGGACCUUGAACUGUGUGAGAAGCUGGGGUAUCUGGAUAGUAGUGGCGCUUGUGUCGUCGCCGACAAUGUCGUCCGACCUGGUGCACCGGAGUACAGGAAAUAUGUGCGCAACAACUCUCGAUUCAGCAAGAGUUGGGGAGUGCCUUCGCUGAUCGUCCCGGGAGAUCUUCACGACGAGGUUGAGAUUAGUCUCGUUGGCGACUCGGAAGUAAAGGGGGCCGAGAAGAAGAGGCAGAGGACCGAGUAA